AUGGCACCAUAUGCGUUUCCACUGGUGCGUUUUUGGGCUUUAAAAUACGGGCCAAACAAAACCGAGCAUGGCAUGGUUAAUUCAGGGGCAAGUUUCAGUCUUGCUUCGGUUAGAAAUUCCACUUGCUGCCCCAGGACGUUUGCGUUGGGUUAGUUUUUCUGGUUUUUGCACAACUGAAAGCUCAUUUCACCGAACUUGCUAGUUUGCUUUCAUGUGGCACCCAGUAGCGAAUUCUAAAUCGGCCAAAGGUUGCGUCACAUCCCCUGUGUUGGGACUCAUAGAAAACAAUUAUUCAUGUCAACACUGGUGGUAGGGCUAGAGUAAAUCCGUUUUUUUUUCGAGAUUAGGGUACGUGUAUGCCCCAUUUCCUCUUUUGUUGAAAUUGAGAGUUACAUAAAAAACCACGCUCGAUUCACUCUAUUCCAGCUUACACCCAACGCUCCCUGGCUACCUAUAGUUCCUUUCAACUUGUUGGCAUAGGCAAAUUCUCUUUUUCAUUGGCAAUUCCUAGGGUUUCACAUUUACUUCGCUGGGAUUCAAUCAAAUUCUCUACACAGCUAGAUGUGCCACUGGCUUAAGCAUAGAAGCUAUUAUCGAAUGAUGUUUCGAUAAGCCUUCAAUCCGGGGCUAUGAAAUUUGUCAAGAUGGCGUUUCUAACUAGCUCACCCAUGUCCCAAAUUCUUUGAAGAACUAUGGCCAAUUGUUGAGCAGUUUUUGUCUUUCCUGCUUAAAAAUUUCAGACUGAAAGGUAAAAUGUAAGAAACCCACAUGAACUUGAUUUCUUCCUGUGGUGUGCACUAUCGACAAAUCAAUUUUAAGCUGGAAUUGGCCUAGCUUCUUUGUCACUGUGCAACUCUUAGCUAAGGAAAUAGUGUUGUCGUAUCAAAUGUAACGUUCGGGGGCAGACUAGGAGUAAAACGGAGUAUGUGUUCACGUACCGUAUUUAGUUUGGUUAAUUCACGAUGAAAGUUAGUAGAAAAACUGACUUCAGUUAACAGAUAUAUUUUACUGGGCAUGCUGGGUUGGUAGCCUGCGAGAGUAUCAGAAUUUUUUCGGCUCUAGUUUCUAGUUUCACCCGCCGAAAAAAACGGUGGGUGAAACUAAAGACGAAAGCCGAAAAAAGCGAAUGCUACUGUAGUUGGAUGCAGGCGCAAAAUCGAUCUUUAGUAACUUCAAAUCCUUCUCUGAAUGAGAAUUACCUAAAACAGCAUCCAUUGCUCCAAGUUGCUCACGAUGUUUUUCUUUCUAUACGUUUAGGUGUUUUGCCCUUCAAAGCAGAGGAAAUUAAUUUCAGAAAGAAGAUGCGUGACAAUGAAUUUGGUACUCCUGGGCAGCUUGGGAAGGGCCCUUUGCAGAGCUGCAGAAAUUCAGCACGUUCGGAACACAGGUACAAGAAUAUGUUGCAUCUUUGGGAGUUUCUCUUGGAACUUCUGGCUGAUGAGAGCUGCAGAUCUAUAAUAUGCUGGAGAAGGAGGGAAGAAGGAGAGUUUGAGCUUUUGAACCAACAGGAGGUGGCCAAAAGAUGGGGAAUAUUGAAACAGAGGGGUAGAAUGGACUACGGGAAGCUAAGUCGGGCCUUGAGAUUGUACUAUCGAGAUGGAAUAAUUACCAAGGUAUUAGCUUUAAACCAAAGCAUUUUGUUUAAGUAUCAAUGUAUUUUGCAAAGGACUAUUUGAGGACACUGUUUCUACGUUUCCCUCUGGAGAUGAAAACGCCAUUUUACCUGCACUGUAAUUUUCAGGGAGUUAUAAUAACUCCUCCAGUGGGGCUAAUUUAACUCCUUACAGUGGAGUUAUUUUUCGUGGAGUUAUUUUAACUCCAAAAAGGAGUUUAAAGAACUCUUUUUCAGGAGUAAAAGUGACCCCAGAUAUUGAGGAGUUAAAAUAACCCCAAAAAAGGAGUUAUCCUGUACCUAAAAUUUUUACUCCACUUUCAGAGUUAAAUUAACUCCAAAAAGAGUAAAAACAACCCAUGUAAGGAGUACAAGUAACCCCAUUUCCGAGUGAUUUUAACUCCAGACUGGGAGUAAAAAGAACUCUUUUUCAGGAGUAAAAAUGACCCCAAAUUCGGAGUUAAAUUAGGAGUUAAAAUAACCCCAAAAAAGGGGUUAUCCUGUACCUAAAAUUUUUACUCCAUUUUUGGAGUAAAAAUAACUCCCUAAAAAUUACGGUGUGGUCAUUCGAGCCAAGCGACGGUCUAGCCGUUCGCUGGGCAAAGGCAGUAACUUCAUUUUUCAGAUAUUCUUAAUUAAGACACUGACGACUGGUCCAGGCUCGGUAAUGAAUUACACCCACGACCUUUCGCUCUGCAGUCAAGCGCGCUACCAACUGAGCUUAUCCUGCUGCCGUAGCUUAAUAUUUUUUUUUUUACAACCUGAUUUCAAGUUGACGGACAACAGCUGUGCCUGGACCGGAAUCUUUUGAGAUCUUGAAUCAUUUGCCAAUUCACACACUUUAUCCAUGGAAGAAGAGCUCAUGGCUCCGUUCAGUUAGACCCUUUUAUGACAUUUCAACGACUUGAAUUUUAACAGCCAGAUAAGAGAUUUAGCCAGACUUUUGAGCAUGUCGAUGAUUUUCAUUAAAAGAAAUGAAAGCUACCGAGAAACUGUGAGGAUACAUAUAUUUCACAUAAAUAUCGAAUUUUGUGUCUCUACUUUAACAAAUCACAAGUGUUAUUAAAAGGGACUUGACAGUUUUUCCUCAUUUUCUAUUCUUUUGGGCGCAGGUGCAAGGCCAAAGGCUGGUCUACAAGUUUAACAACCUUCCUUACACUUAUAAACCAGGAAUCACAAGGUCGUUUUAUCGCGAUCGGUUUCCAACACCAAAAUCAAGUCUUGGUGAACAUGAACCACGGGAGUACAAGCCUUUGGUGCCUCAGAUGCGCAUAAGUUGUACAACUGCUACACAACCAUUUUCUUGUUUUAUUCCUUCUCAAGGAAGACUUUCGUCUUGGCCUGUACAUCCUUUCAAUUCACCACGAGUUUGUCGCUGCGGGCACAGGCUGGGAACUUCUUUCUCGUCAGCAAACUGCUCUUCAAGAAGUCGAGUUUUCUUUCCAUUUUUAUCAUUCUCAGUGUCACAUGGUUUUAACCUUCAUGAGCCUGCCCUUUCUCAUGAUACAAAUCCGCAGUUAGUAAGCAAGAAGAUUCCCGUUUCUAUGAUUGUGAGACCUGCCUGUUAG